GGUCAAGCGAAAACGACAGGCGAGACAGCCAAUCGAGACGCGGGAUCGGCCGGCGGCGAUCUGGCGGCCCAAUGGGCGCCGCGGAGGGCCUGGCCGAGCGGAGGAAGCGCGGGGGCGACGGCGGGCCUCGUCGCGGCCGAGGAGAUUAUCGGGGAGCGGGCCGUCCAGCCCCGUGGUGCCCCUGCUGUCUUCGGAAAGGUCAUCGGCAAGGCGCUACCCGCCUACGUCAUCGACGAGGACGAGGAGUGCCUUGUGUUCCCUGAUCUUUCACCCCACGCCCCGCCGCUUUUCCUGGUCAUGCCUCAGGAGCCAAUUAUCAGGUUAUCUGAAGCAGAAGAUUCUGCCCGAUCCCUUCCUGGGCAUUUGGUGACCGUUGGCAAGAAGCGUGCUGCUCACCUGGGCCUCAGCGAUGGAUUCCGGGUGGCUGCGGAUGAAGGGCCCGAGGGUGGGCAGUCUGUCUAUCGCGUACAUCUACGUAUUCUGGGUGGCCAUCGGUUGGGCUGUCCGCCUGGCUAA